GACAAUACAACUGGUUCCGACCCCCGUGGGAGGAGGAUUCAAAUUUCCUCCUAAGUCUCCAUGGCCAAUGAGGCCCAUGACUUCAGAGAGUAUACACAACAUGCUGGACAACAACGGGGUUUCUCCUCUACUGAAGUCCUUCACCAUAGAGCUGCUCAUGCUGUCAUCUGCAGGUUCCAGUUUGGAUUUCAAUCAUGUUUGGCAUCAAAGGAAGUAAGUGCACACCUGUGACGCGAGGGUUGAUACUGUGGGUUUUACUGACCAACAUCAUGCUGGUGCUCUACUGCCUGACGAACCCGACUCAAGAGAAGCUGAGGGGCUCCCAGGAGGAUACAUGUCAUCACAGCAUGGCAAACUUAUCAAAGAAAAAUGCGACCACGCCGUCUGAACGCACCAAGUCCCAGUCAGAGGAGUGCUCCCCCACAGUGGACAUCAUGUUCAUGAAGACCCAUAAAACUGCCAGCAGCACUGUGCUAAACAUCCUGUUCAGAUUUGGAGAGAAGCACAAGCUCAAAUUUGCCUUCCCUGAUGGGCGCAAUGACUUCUUCUACCCAUCGCCCUUCCGGUGCUCCCAGGUGAAGGACUACAGGCCCGGAGGGUGUUUCAACAUUGUUUGUAACCACAUGCGUUUCGACCCGCAAGAAGUGACCAAGCUCCUGCCUCCGGGUGCCGUGUACAUCACCAUCUUACGUGACCCCGUGGAUCUCUUUGAGUCGUCCUUCCAUUAUUAUCACAGAGCAGUUCCUCUCACGUGGAGGAUCAGUGGAGAGAACAAACUGGUUGAGUUUCUAAACAAUCCUCAGGCCUUCUACAGCCCAGAAGCUUACAACUCAUACUACCUAAAAAAUCUGCUCUUCUUCGACUUUGGGUUAGACAACAACGUUGAAGCUGAUGAUCCUCGUGUAACGAGGGGCAUUCAGAGCGUAUCGAAACAUUUUGAUUUGGUCCUCAUUGCAGAGUAUUUUGAGGAGUCUCUUAUCCUGCUGAAGGAUAAACUCUGUUGGACCACAGAGGACAUUCUCUAUUUUAAACUAAAUGCUCGCAAGAGCUCAUCUUUAUCUCAACUGACCCCUGAGUUGAGAGCCAAAGUGUUGGAGUGGAAUGGCGCUGACUGGAGACUCUAUCAGCACUUCAAUGCGACCUUGUGGGCCAGAGUGCAGUCGUACGGGAGAGAGAGAAUGAAACUGGAGGUAAAUGAGCUGAGGAGAAGAAAUGCUGAGAUGGAAGCCCUCUGCAUCGAGGGAGGAAAUGCAGUCGAAGCCCAAAAGAUUCAGGACAGACGCUUCUUGCCGUGGCAGCCAGUCGGGGAAUCUUCCAUCCUGGGGUACAACAUGAAGAGAGAUGUUGACCCCAAAUUUAGGACAAUUUGUGAAAAAAUGCUCACACCUGAAUUACAGUACUUAUCAGACUUGGGUGUAAGCCUUUGGCUUACUCGACUGUGGGGUUGGGUAAAAGAUAUUGUUUUUACAAGUUGACUUGAACUAACUAUGAAUAUGGCAAAGGCAAUAUUGUAACACAUAUGUAUGAUGACUACCGUACCAAACAUUUACCUCUUGUUUUUGUACAUUUUGCAAGUCUUCUUAUGAAUGAUGCAUCCAUAAUGUUAAUUCAUAUUUAUCACCAACAUGCUGAUUUCCUAAUUUUAAUGUACGGAAUGUACGGAAAAAUUCUCACCACUCGCAAAUAUGCCUGCGGAUGGGUCACAGUUACCUCAGUUACCUCCUUUUAUUGUAACUUUUGAAAUGUGUGCUUUUAUUUAAGUUUUUUUUUACGGGUUCAGUUUUAAACUGUGAACAGUAAUAUACAUUGCUCUAUGUUGUACUUGCAGUAAAUCUCUACAUUUGAGGCUCACUUCCCUGGUAAGUUUAACAAAGCCCGUUUUUCAGAAAUAUCGUGCAGAACUUGUUCAAUGCAAAUACAAGUGUUUCUGACUAAUAUAUAUAUACAAAUUUUUUUUCAAGGGAUACAAUAUACCUUGUUCUUUUUUUAGCCAAGAUUCAAAACAGGCUGUGAAAACUACCCCUGAGCCAACAGUUGAAACUGUGUUGUUGUUGAAAAGACAGGAAGUGUUACUGUGCCACCUAAAGGCCUGAGACUAUAGGAAUUGUUUGCAAUGCACUUGAACAUCUGUGGCUUGCUUGACCCUGUUGUCAUGGAUAACAUGUCUCCUUUGUAAACAGCACUAAUGAUUUCACGUGGCAUGCAAAAAGCAAAGCAGAUACUUCAGUCCCGGCAUCUAUUUAGCAUUUCAGUAAGGUGUGCUUUUACUUAUGAUUUGACAAUAAUGUUUGACCCAUGCUUGUUUUCAUGUGCUUUUUUUGAUUUUGUGAAUAUUUUUUUUAUUAAUAACUCAGCUUUUAUCCCUGUUAGUUUUUAUUUAUUCUAAUUUAAUCCUUCUUGUAUAUUUGAUCUCAUGUUUUAUCCUUCAGCACUUUGUGACUGGUGUCUGUGAAUGGUGCUAUAUAAAUAAACAUUAUUUACUUACUUUA